AUGAAUGAGCAGCAAUCUUCCACACGGUUACGAUUCAGAUUUCUCGGAUCCUCCAAGACGACAAACCAGACUCAGAACCAGACCCAGACCCAGAAUCGAGAGAUCGGUUCACCACUUUCCGCUUACCGUCCAUCACUUCGCAAACCACAAUCUACUGCAUCGCUCCAGCGCCAUCCCUCUGCGCCUGUCUACCCACGAAUUCACACCCCACUCUCAAAUCGCGAGUCUCCUUCACAUUUCCGCACGAAAUCCAACGCUUACGGAUCGUCGAAUUCUUCCAUUGACCAGGCUAGUGCCGGUCCUUCGCCUAUCCUGCCCGGUUCAGAAUCCAGCCUGCCUACCUCUCCACCCUUUGCAGAUUCCCAACAGUCGCAUCCUUCCGCUUCAUCGCAGAGCUCAAAGGAUGACUUGAUUGGUGCGCCACUUGAAAAGUUCGGCAUCUCAAAGUCAUUUACUUUUGAUUCCAAAAACUUGUCCACAGUAAAGCGCCCCGCGCCCCCACCACUUCACCAUACCCACACCAACCCAGAGGCCAGAGGUCUGCACCUUUUGCGCUCGUCAACCACCAACGAUAACAUCAUGGAGGUCACUCCGCCGCGCUCUGACAAUGGCACAAUGAGUCCAAAGAGGUACUCCGAUGAUAGCAACAGCAGCAAACCGUCAAUCUCCGGUAGGAAGAAGAGUGGCUUCUCAAGCUUCGUGAAUAGCAUGCUCGGUAGUCCACGAAACAUCAAGAUCUCGUCCCCAGAGAAUCCAAUCCAUAUGAUUCACGUCGGCUAUGAUAACGUCACUGGUCAAUUUACUGGCCUUCCGAAGGAAUGGCAACGAAUGCUUGAGGACUCUGGCGUUUCCAAAACUGAGCAGGAAGAGAACCCCCAGUUGAUGCGCGACAUCAUGGACACGUAUCAGAAAAACGUCGGGGUAAUGGAGGAUCAAGGUGUUUGGGACAAGUUCGGCCACGCAAAGCCAUCUGAGUCGCCCAUUGUUAGCGGUCCGUUAAGCGCAACGAUCUCAGGUCCAAUCAGUACUCCCUUGUUUAGUGGUCCUAUGAGCCCAGGCGGGUACAGCUCGAUGGGUGGCGGCAUGAUCUCCCCUCCAGCCAGUCCCAGAUUUCCUCAGAAUCAUGAGACGAGCUUCGAAAACCCUAGAGCUCCUCCUCCUAUCCCUCGGUCACGCGCUUCCGGGACCCUCUCUCCAAAUCCUCAGAGUUCAAGGUCAAGUCUGGUCCCUAAUCGAGCUCCACCGAAACCUCGAGCCGCUCCGCAGCCACCAAUUGUGAAGGAAAUGGUAAUUCGACCAAGCCAGAAUACUACGAAACAACCAUUCGCCCCACCCUCAAUUCCUGAGACUGUUCCAGCUCCUCCAGAGUUGCAAUACAGUCACCCUGUCUCUAGUCCAGAUGGUUCUCCUCCGAGAGCUUCUCCUGGCACAGUCAACAACCCUGUCCAAUAUCAGCAACAACAGGAGCAAGCAAUGAUCGUAGCACAACAAGCCAUCGCAAGCAAGCAGCUCGAUCGCAGUCGAAGCCAAAAGCUGACCCAAGAGAUACCGGAGACUCAGCCAGAAUCCCAGCAGUUAACUCCCAUCACCCCUCAGCAGCAGUUUGCGAAUGUGCCAAGUCCCACAACUACCGCUCGACAACCUCAGCCACAAGUUGGGCCAGUUCCUGGCGCUCGACCCAGGAAUCGAACCAGGCAGAGUAAUGGCGCUGAGAUAACUCAGCGAUUGAAAGCCAUAUGUACCAUGGGAGACCCCACCACGAAGUACAAAGACUUGAGCAAGAUCGGUCAGGGAGCUUCGGGAGGUGUCUAUUCGGCGUACGAAGUUGGCAGUGACAAGUGCGUUGCUAUCAAACAGAUGAAUCUUGAGCAACAGCCAAAAAAGGACCUUAUCAUCAACGAAAUUUUGGUGAUGAAAGACAGUAAGCACAAGAACAUUGUCAAUUUCAUGGACAGUUUCCUGCAUCAGGGUGACCUCUGGGUUGUCAUGGAGUAUAUGGAGGGUGGCAGCUUGACUGAUGUCGUCACGUUCAACAUCAUGAGCGAAGGCCAGAUUGCUGCAGUGUGCAGAGAGACGUUGAAUGGCUUGCAGCAUCUUCACUCCAAAGGUGUGAUCCAUCGUGAUAUCAAAUCAGACAACAUCCUACUCUCGCUAGAAGGCAACAUCAAACUGACAGAUUUCGGCUUUUGUGCUCAAAUUAACGAGUCCGACAAAAAACGUACGACCAUGGUUGGAACACCGUACUGGAUGGCACCUGAGGUUGUGACACGUAAGGAGUAUGGACGGAAAGUCGACAUCUGGAGUCUAGGCAUCAUGGCCAUUGAGAUGAUUGAAGGAGAACCACCUUAUUUGACUGAAUCACCUCUUCGGGCUCUGUAUCUGAUUGCGAAGUACGGCACGCCGCAAAUCAAGGAAGAGCACAAGCUGUCACAUCUGUUCAAGGACUUCUUGCAUUUUGCUUUGAAAGUGGAACCGGAAAAGAGAGCAAGUGCCCAUGAUCUCCUCACGCAUCCCUUUAUGCAGUGUUGUGAGCCGCUGUCCAGUUUAGCACCUCUUGUCAAGUCUGCUCGUUUGAGCCGAGCUCAAGAGCGUUCCCAGAAGGGUAACUGA